AUGUUUGCACAAGGGAAAUCCGUUCCCAAUCCUAUUGAAUCGUGGUUACAGGCCUUGGGUGGUGCCAUUAACACCCAGCCUGAAUUUCUGAUGGUUGGUGCACUGACAGUGGUGUCGUGUCUAUUAGGAACACAGACUGAUUUCGAAGUCUGUGAACGGCACAAAGAAUGUUGCAAUCUGUUCACCCUUUGCCUGUGUGAACCCGGCACUGGAAAGAUGCAGGCAUACAAAGUGGCUGUGGAAUCACCACUAAAGAACAUUGAACCACCAAUAAUUAUUCAUGAUUACACCACAAAGGGUCUUCUUGACCACCUUCAGUCUCUAAAUGGGCGAGCCCUUCUGUGCCAUCCAGAGAUGUUAAGUUUUUACGAGACACUCCUGAAGCAACAAAGCGAAGGAAAUGGAGAAAUGCAAACUUCUACCAAACUGGAAUUGCUUGUUUGA